AUGGGUGGCCCAACUUCCUCUGUGGUAGCUGAAAUAUAUAUGCAGGCUGGUGAGACUACAGCCUUAACAACUGCAGAUCAAGCUCCAAGAGUUUGCAAAAGAUUUGUGGAUGACGUCGUUUUGAUAAUUAAAAGAGCACAUCUAAGCGCAUUUCAUGAACAUGUUAGUAAUUUGCACCCAAAGAUUCAAUUUACAGUUGAACACGGGAAGAACGUUACACUUCCUUUCUUAGACUCGCUAGUGUCUCGCAACGGUGGUAACUUAUCAGUAUCAGUAUACCGCAAACCAACUCAUACUGAUCAAUAUCUCAACUACACAUCUAAUCACCAAAUGUCCUGCAAAGAAAGUGUAGUCUCAUUACUGGACAGGGCAGUCAAUGUAGUCAGUGGAGAGAAUAACUGA